GCGGAAUGUGGGCGGAGCCAAUAGUAGGGCGGGGCUUGCGGCCGCGGGUCGAUCCCCAUCUCCAGCACCGUGGCUUCUGGCUUGCUGAACGAGGAGAGCGGGUCUGCCUUGGGACGUCCGGUCGCGGCGGACGAGUCUUCUGCUGUAACCAGGGCUAGACUGGAACUGAGAGGCAGUUUGCACCGGCUUUCAGCAAGCAGCAUUCUCUGUUCCUCUCUCUGGGUCGGUGGGACAACAGGCAUGCCCCACCACACCCAGUUCCCUAUCAAAUUCCUAUCACGUUCAGCAUUGCUUUAAUACCCACAUGAUGUCAAGUGGAGACGGUCGGCAGUCCCAUGCUUUAACCAAGCCUACUUUUACUGAGUCACAAGCCUCUGCUCUGGUAGAAUCAGUAUUUGGCUUCAAAGUUUCUAAGAUCCAGCCCCUCCCUAGCUAUGAUGACCAAAACUUUCAUGUUCACGUUUCAAGAACCACAGACACUACCGAUGGCCCCGCUGAAUAUGUCCUCAAAAUAAGCAACACGGAGUCUAGUCAAACUCCAGACCUGAUUGAAAUGCAGAACCAUGUCAUCAUGUUCCUGAGAGAGGCUGGAUUUCCUACGGCCUCCGUGUGCCGAACUAAAGGAGGCAACACGAUCUCGCUCGUGUCCUUCGACAGUGGAUCUGAAAUAAAAAAGUACUUGGUGAGAAUGCUCACUUACCUCCCAGGAAGACCCAUAGCCCGGGUUGCCGUCAGCCACCGGCAGUUAUAUGAAAUAGGAAGGCUAGCUGCCCAGCUGGAUAAAACAUUGGAGGAAUUUCGUCAUCCGAAGUUAAAUCUUCUUCAUCGGGAGAACUUCAUCUGGAAUCUGAAAAACAUUCCUCUUCUGGAGAAAUACAUGGGUGCUCUGAGCCAGAGUCGAAACCGGGAGAUUGUUGAACAGGUCACUCAGCUUUUCAAGGAAGAAGUAAUGACUAAAUUAAGUCAUUUUCGAGAAUGUAUCAAUCAUGGUGAUCUUAACGACCAUAACAUCUUAGUAGACUCCAGCGAGCCAGCCUCUGGAGAUGCUGUGUAUCCAGUCUCUGGGAUUUUAGACUUUGGUGACAUGAGCUAUGGCUACUAUGUGUUUGAAGUGGCAAUCACCAUUAUGUACAUGAUGAUUGAAAGCACAGACCCGAUACAAGUCGGAGGCCACAUCCUGGCAGGGUUUGAAAGCGUGAUCCCUCUGACGGCUGUGGAGAGGAGCGCACUGUUUCUCCUUGUCUGCAGUCGCUUCAGUCAGUCCCUUGUCAUGGCUGAGUACUCCUGCCAGCUGUAUCCGGAGAACAGAGAGUACCUCAUGGUUACAGCAAAAACGGGGUGGAAGCAUUUACAGCAGAUGUUUGACAUGGGCCAGAAGGCCGUAGAAGAAAUCUGGUUCGGAACUGCCAAGUCCUAUGAAUCCGGGAUCUCCAUGUGACCGGAGACAAGCUUGUAUUUCCUUGGCAGUCAAAACUCAGUUAGGCCCAGAUCAAAUUCAUGAAGGAUUUUCCUGCAGAAUUAAAAAUGGAAUGGUAAAACGAAUCCAUGCUGAAUAUGAAGAGGCAAAGGAAGGUCUAGUUUUUACAGCAAUCUUAGGACUACCUUUUACACUUAAGAAAGUACUACAUUUAGAACUUCCCUAGUGUGCAAGGCCCUGGGCUUAACCUCAGCCCUAUAGAAGAGAAAAACACACAAGUAAGCAUGUCUUUCUGCGGGCUUUGUUUGUCUUUUCUUUCAAUCAUACAUGAUUAUAUAUGAUUUGUAAUCGGUCUCUCAAAGUCUAUUCGAUAGACUUUUAGACUGUGAAAGGAAUACAUAUGUAUAACUGUAUUUACAUAUUUUAAGUAAUCCGCAUAUUUUAAACACCUAGUCUACACAA